UCUUCUUUUGUAACAGAGCAAGGCAGAGGUGCCUCCUCCUUGAGAGAUACUGAGCUCUUGCAGCCACAGUUGAGGCCGGUCCGUUUCUGGUGUUCCUCAGGGACACGACAAACCGCCAGUGAACGACCAUGUUCUAGUCUGCAUAUUUUGUCUCUAUGGAAGGAACAUCUUAACAUAUAGUUCCGGAGGCACAACUACUACCAGAUCCACAUGGCGACUCGGUUAAUCUGCUCUUCAUGGAGGUCAUAUCCGUCAAUGUCGAAAAGCUUACGCGAUUUAGCGAACAGCGGAUACGAUGGACGGCAGAAUCGACAUAAUUAGCAUACCGACGCGUGUCCUUGUGGAUGCAUAUCUAUCGCUUGAUCGAAUGCGCUCCCACUCCGAUAUGUUCGGGAUUCGAUCCGGAUUCUCUUUCUCACUCCUACCUCCAUUUGUGGCGCAUACAAAUUUCCAGGCGGACCCACGAUCCGUCGACCGUGAUUGCUCGGGGUCUUCACGGACGGCAAUUAUUGGUCCGUACAGAAACGUUAUGCGGAUCAGUCGCACUUAAUCUUCCGGAGAAAGAGACGUUAGGACUUCCAACGGCUAUAUACCAUUCAAAUUCUGAGCAUCCCUUCCUCCCCCCUUCCCCUCGUUACGAUUUCUCUUCAUUUCUUUCCAAAGAAAGCAGAGAAGCCUUAAGAGCGACCCAAUUUUUCCUUCUCUUAGUUCUUUAAAAUUAUCUCUCUCUCUCUCUCUCUUUGUGCAAUUCUUUCUUCAUCCUCUCUACAGAUUCUGGAGUAGGGAAGGCUAAAUUUUUUGCCAAUGGCUCCGACGCCGUCCCCAAGAAACAUUACGGGGCAACAAACUCCCUCAAGAACUCCUCAAUCUAAGCAGCGCCUCCAUUUCCCAAAUCCAAGGAACGGAGUGCACCCCUCUCCAAAUCCUCUCUCAGUCAUCAAAGAAACGGUCCCCUCCGAGCACCCGGUUGAAGUCAUUGGCCGGAUCCGUGACCACGCAGACCGGAAAGACAAGCCCCCCUCGGCUCUUGAGAUCUCUCAGGAUGGCCGCUCUGUUCGGGUCAGGACCGACAUCGGGUACCGAGAUUUCAGCCUCGAUGGAGUCUCAAUUUCUGAGGAUGAAGAUCUUGAGGGCUUUUACAAGAGAUUCGUGGAACCGAGGAUCAAUGGUGUGCGGAUGGGUUCCAAGUGCACGAUUAUGAUGUAUGGGCCAACAGGAUCAGGGAAAAGUCACACGAUGUUCGGGUGUUUGAAGCAGCCAGGCAUUGUGUACAGAGCUUUAAGGGAUAUUUUAGGGGAGGGCGAUGAAGAUAGAGAGAACGGUGUGGAUGAUGGGGGGUUUGGGCUUGGUUUGUUCGUCCAAGUUGCUGUCUUGGAGAUAUACAACGAAGAGAUCUACGAUCUUCUUUCAGGACAUUCAAAUGGAGGGGGAGCAACUAUUGGGCUUCCAAAAGGAAACACUCCUAAGGCUCGACUAGAAGUGAUGGGAAAGAAGGCAAAGAAUGCGACGUAUAUAUCAGGAAAUGAAGCUGGAAAAAUAUCAAGAGAAGUUGCCAAAGUAGAAAAGCGGAGGAUUGUUAAAAGCACUCUUUGCAAUGAAAGAAGCUCACGAAGUCAUUGCAUGAUAAUUCUGGAUGUUCCAUCAGUAGGUGGAAGGCUGAUGCUGGUUGACAUGGCGGGUUCUGAAAACAUAGAAGCAGCUGGUCAAAUUGGAUUCGAAGCAAAAAUGCAGACAGCUAAAAUUAAUCAAGGAAACAUAGCACUCAAAAGAGUGGUUGAAUCCAUUGCUAAUGGUGACUCUCAUGUUCCAUUCAGAGAUAGCAAACUUACAAUGCUUUUGCAGGAUUCAUUUGAGGAUGAUAAAUCAAAAAUUUUGAUGAUUCUUUGUGCAAGUCCUGACCCCAAAGAAAUGCACAAGACCAUUUCUACUCUUGAGUACGGAGCUAAGGCAAAGUGCAUUGUCCGUGCUGCUCAUAUGCCGACUCCCAGAGAUAAAGUGAAUUCUGAGGUGUCAUCUGUGGAUCUGAGAUCAAGAAUUGUAGCAAUGAACCAGUUCAUAUAUAAGCUACAAAUGGAUAACAAGCUUAAAGAGAGAGAGCGUGACGAAGCCCAGAAAGAGCGGUUGCAGAAAGAGGAAGAAGUAGCACAGCUAAGGACUAAGCUCAAACUGAUUGAAGGAAGGGGGGCGGCUGUAAAGGAAGAAGAGAUAAAAUCAAAGGUGGAUGAAAGAACACAGAUUUUGAGGCUUGAGUUAAUGAAGAUGGAGGAGAAGUUGUUACAGCAACAAGAGGAGCUCAAUAUGCUCAGGCAACAGUUGGAGGAAGUGGAAUAUGAAAAGGGCAAAGUUGUUGAGGAUUCAUUACAAGGCAUGGAUGAAGGUAGAUUUAUGAAAAGACUGACUGAAAUUUAUGCGGGAGACCAAGGAAUGGAGAAAUCUAUGGAGUUAGAUAUGGGGGAUCAACCAGCGAUAUAUGAUGUGAAGGAGAUUAAGGAGGACUCUCAGCAGUCAGAAAAUCAUUCAAACCUCUCCCUGCUGCAUUCUUGUCCUUUGAGUAUGGAAGAGGAAGUUGAUCCUAACAUGCUGAGAUUCCCAGAUAAGGUGUGCUUGAGCACUGUUUUUGAGGAGGAUGAAGAAGGAGAAGAAAAAGAUAGUGCAGAGGAAAACGAAGUUGAUAAGGAGGUGGUAGAAGAAGACAUGGGAAAACUGUGGACUGAUGGCUUGGGAUCCUUGGGUGCUGAAUAUCACAAGGAUGCAAUCGAAAAGCAAGCUGGUAUCGUGGAAAUUGCAAAAGAUGCUGCCUCUGCCAGGAGAACAAGAAUUCAAAAUAUUUUCAGACUUUGCGGCAACCACAGAGAGUUAGCUCACCAAGUUAAAGUUUCAACUCCUUCCAAGAAAAGACCUGAAGAGACAAAUGAAGGGUUAGAAGCAGAAAGUCCUCUUCAGCCAUUAGUUAGACCACUUAAUAACUGCAUGUCUAAUUUGAGAGCAGCUGAAAGCCCAAUUUCCUCAUUGGUUGCGCCAUUUGAAUCACUUUGCCUCACAGAUAAGCCGAAAUCGGCAGAACCACAAUCAAGAUGUCUUUCUUUCGAAGCAUCACGAAACUCAAAGGAGAACCACAGACCAGGAGAGGAGGGGGAAGAUGGAUUGUUGGAAGUUUAUGUAAAAUGGGAGGCAACAAAAGAAUCUGCAGGAAACCUAAUUAAGAAGUUCAAUGUUUUGAAGAAUUCAAACCUCUCAGAUUUACGAAAACUUAUCGAAACACAUCUUGAUGAAGGCAACAGCAAACAGCCCUUCUCUUUUCUCCUGCUUGGGGAUCCUCGUGGAGCUCCAGUCACUAAGGAAAAGGAAGCAGCAACUCAAGUUGGCAAAUUGCCUAUUUGCAACAACCAGCUGAAAGGUCACCUUGCCUGCUUACGUCCAACGAAGAAGACACUGCAGCGACCAAAUCACAUUCCAUUUAGUUCGCUGGAAAAUACACUCCCUGUUGCGAGUUCACAGCAUCCAGAAGCUUUUUCGCCAAAAGUUAAUCAGAUGAAUGUAAACUAUCUCACAGGACUGAGGGCAUAGAUUGAAGCCUCUCUAAGUUUGAAAUGGCUGUAUUUCUAUUUUUUGCCCAUUCAUGUCUUAACUGUAUACCUUUGCAUGUAUUUUUUGAGUACCCACACAACUGAUGCUGGACGUGCGUUUUGCUUCCUGCAGAGUGCAUCUAAUAUGCUUGUAAUAUGUCUCAAUCUAGCUUCCAUGUUUUCAAUAUUUCUAGUGUAAAGGUCUUCCAUCAAUCUGUUUCAUGCAUUAAAUAUUAUUCU